ACGAGAGCUUUCCCACUGUCCUGUGAUUGGCUAGGUACCUGGAAGUGACGUAUUUAGCACGUCAGUUCUCAGAUACGCAGCUCCCCCUCUGGCACGAUGGAUGCUCUGCUCGUCAUUAUCAAAACAUUGUUAAAUGGCUGUGUUACGACCCCGCGCCGUAAUCCCUUACACAUUUUACCCGGAGUCUGACCCAGAGACAGAAGAUACUGUCGCAAGUGAAACACCUCCACAACAAAGACUGCUGCAGGACGCCUCAGAAUGGUGCACUUGUGGGAACUGCAUGACGAUGCCCACAGAAGGGGAGAACGUCUGCUGUAAAGAAACACUUAAGGUUAUCCGAAGAAUGAAUGAGCUUCCGGACACACCAACAUGCAUGACCUACCAUCCAGGUCUGGAGCCUAACUGUUUGAACCCAUACACACUGCAGAACAUGAACAACAUCUACCGGGCAGACUAUGGGCCUUUGCGGGGAAGAACAAUACACAAGUAUUCGCUACCGGCAUUUAGCUUUGUCAGCUGGUGCUGGGGAUAUUUGGGACGACGUGUACGAGUUGUCAUCCCGUCGUGUGUUGUGUGCCGGAUACGCCAGGAGUUUCCUGAUCUGGCUGGACAAUAUGUUGGCUUCCGCCCACCCCUUGACUGAAGCGGGUCACGUGUGAGGCAAUGACUUCCUCCUUUAAGGGCCUGUCAUACUGGGCUGACAGGGUCUCUGGGAUGGCGAUCUUCCUCAUGUCCUCUGCGAAAGACUCUGGGUCCUCCAUCACCUCCUCGAACACCAGCCUCAUCAAUUCAGCCACAUAGUCUUUAAAAUGUAACAGAGAACCAUGACAUUACAUUCAGACAGUAAUUUCUUUACUGUGUCAUUACAUUUUCAGCUAUUUCAAUUUAAAUGUGUUAUUUGCUGUGUUAGGUGUUAAUUUAAGUUAAUAAGAAAGGGAAAAAAAGCCAAAAGAAAUGUCAGUAUUUGUCUGUUUUUGUAUAACGCUUUAUUCAAUGUAAAUAAAAAUUUUUAGUGACUUACUGUACGUGGGGUCUGUUUUGACCGGCUUCGCGGUGGGUUCUCCCUUCUUGGCCUUCGGAUACGACACUCUGUAGACAGCUUGGCCUAAAGCGGUUGUUGCCUGCUCACGGCUGGAAUUUUCGUUGUGAUGCAUGGAUGUAAGG